AUGUUUCCACGUCCAGGUAACUACUGGUUUAUCUUUCCCUGGAUAGCUUUCAUUCCAUGGUAUGGGAUGCUAAUUGCGAUGUUGGCAUGUUGGGCAGGACAAGGUCAUCCCAUUUAUUGGUUCAUGCAUACAGACCAGUUCCCGGUUUAUAUAUCCCAUAUUGGUGCGACCAAUUUAAAACCGUUGUUUAUUUCUUGUGCGGCAUGGCAAGGUCUAGGAUACGUAAUCAUGGUUGCUCUAGAGUAUUUUCAAAGAUCUGGUCAUUGGCCUUUCAAGUUACCGUAUACUUAUCAUGAUGACUUAGAAAAAUCUAACGAUAGCUCUAUAAUGGAAUCGAACUACAUCGAAGCUUUAAUUCAGAAGAAAUAUGUCAUGCCUCCAUUUUUUACCAAACAUGAACGGAAUCUAGUAUGGGCCUCAUUCGUACUAGGAAGUAUAGGUGAAUUGGCUUUGCUUAUGUGCACUAUCUUCUCAACAAACACGUAUCCUAGGGUGCACAGUUCCAUGGUGGGUAUAUUCUGUGCAUUUGUCGGAUUGAGUGUAAUUUGUCAUGUCGCACAAUAUAUGACAAUGGGCAGACACUACGCUGUCGUCCAUCCUCUUACAAGUAGUGAAGAUAUCGGCAAAGACACAAGGUGGAAUGAAUGGCACGGCCAUGUUUGGAACAAGUAUACUAUCAGUGGCUUACUAAAGGCAUUUUGGGUAAUAGCUGCUUUCGUUUGGGCUAUUUGUUUUGCAUGCUUAGAAGAUAGAUCAACGACUGCCUGUUUUGAAUGGCUAUUGGCAUUUUGGUUCGGAUUAUAUUUCAUUAUUGUCUCUGUUGACUGGUAUAUUGGCGGAAGAUAUACCCAGUCCAAGUAUUUCCAUCAAAUCACAAUUACGGAGAAUUUGAACUAUUACAAGUACAAUCAGUUGAACGCACUAUAA